AUGGCGAACAACAGACUGCAAUACCGCCGCCGGAACCCGUACAACACGCGGUCCAACAAGGUUCGCAUCAUCAAGACCCCCGGUGGCGAGCUCCGGUACCUUCACCUGAAGAAGAAGGGCACUGCUCCCAAGUGCGGUGACUGUGGCAUCAAGCUCCCUGGCAUUCCCGCUCUCCGCCCCCGCGAGUAUGCUCAGAUCUCCCGCCCCAAGAAGAACGUCAGCCGUGCCUACGGUGGCUCGCGCUGCGCCGGUUGCGUCAAGGACCGCAUUGUCCGCGCCUUCCUGAUUGAGGAGCAGAAGAUCGUCAAGAAGGUCCUCAAGGAGUCCCAGGAGAAGGCUGCUGGCAAGCGCUAA